AUGUUUCGCCGAGCUGCCCUCCUCUCGCUCGCCGCUCUUGCAGCGGCAAAGGAGAUGCCAAAAGAUGAGCUCAGGGCUGCAGAGCUCUUCGACUCUGGCAUUCGCCACGAGAACAACAAGGCUUUGAAGCUGGAAACGUGGGCAAACCAAGAAGCUGCAGGCGUCUACGAAUCGGCCCAGUAUGCAGAGCUUGCGUCCAUCGCCGACUGUGCCAACGGUACUGCAAAGACAUCAACAGAUACCUUCAAAUGCAAGAACAUCGACUUGUACCACUUUUUGUCUCACUCGGCUCUUGGCAGUACCUACGGCUUUGGGUCUUCUUCUUGGGGCUGGACAUCGAGCACCGGCCGCGAAUUUGUGGCUAUCGGUCAAUCAGAUGGCACAGCUUUUGCUGAGGUCACCAAGGAAGGCAAGCUCUCCUACCUCGGGCGUCUUCCCCAGUACUCCACUCGCAGCCAAUGGCGCGAGAUCCGUGGUCAAAAUGACUACAUGAUAAUUGGAUCUGAGGCCGUCAACCACGGCAUCCAGAUCUUCGACAUGAAGAAGUUGCUCACCCUCAGCCCUUCAGCACCCAAGACCUUCAGCAACUCUGCUGAUCUUGCUGGUCACUACAAUGGCCUCCCUACUGGUCGUACUCACAACGUUGUUACCAAUCCUGAGACCAGCUUCAUCUACUCUGUUGGUGCUAUGCCUAGGACCGAUAAGUGCAAGUCUGGUAUCAUCUUCAUUGACAUCAGCGAUGUCAAAAACCCAACGUCGCCCGGCUGCGCUUCUACUGAUGGCUACGUCCACGAUGCUCAGUGCUUGAUCUAUCACGGCCCUGACACUGCCUACGAGGGCAAGGAGAUCUGCUAUGGCUUCAACGAGGACACCCUGACUAUCUACGAUGUCACUAACAAGAAGGCACCCGUUAUCCUGUCCAUCACCUCCUACACUGGCGCUGCCUAUACCCACCAGGGUGUCGUCCUUGACCCCAAGGAUCAGCGCUACCUGUUGCUCGACGACGAGUACGAUGAGUACGACAAAGUCGGACCUGCUGCGCCCGGCAACCCCAUCACCUACAUCUGGGACAUUUCGAGCUUGAAGGCCCCCAAGCAGACCGGAUACUACAAGUCUGGCGCCAAGGGUGUUGACCAUAACCAGUAUGUUGCAAACGGCUUUGCAUACCAGUCCAACUACGGCACUGGCUUCCGCGUUCUUGAUGUGCGCUCGAUUCCCAGCGAUCCUACUGGGAAGGGUGUGACUGAGGUUGGUUUCUUCGAUGUGUACCCCGAGGAUGACAAUGCGACUGGUGGCGGAUCGGUCGAUUUCGUUGGCACAUGGUCCAGCUAUGCGCUCUUUAAGAGCGGCUACAUCCUCGUCAACACAAUGGAGCGAGGCGCUUUCAUUCUGAAGAUGCAGACCGGUGCUACCGCGUAG